UUAUUCACAAUAAUAACCCUGGUUUCUGGAAAUACUCCAUGUUGUGUGUGCAAGACCAUGUUUGUGAGUAAUUCAUACUGACAAAUUAAAUGUAUUACUGUAAUCCCUGUAAGUGUAAUAGUUCAGGCAAUGUUCUAUUUUAAUUCUAUUAUAGUUCUAUUUUUAAUUCUGAAAUUCAAAUGGCAUCCUGUUUGCUGACUCAGGUCUCAGAUUCAGGUAUUUCCGUGUGAUUGAGAGCUCAGCCCUGAUUGAGCGACGCACUGCGGUUCAAAGGUCACUCUGCUCUGGGUCUGUCUGAUCAAUAGGAGCAUUAGCUAGCAGGUCGGAGGACACGAGCGACGUUUCUGCGCUGAGAAUGCCAUCUCGCCCGCGUCAGUGUGUGCUGAGCGCGCUCCUGUUGAGUCUGCUGCUGUUUCUCAGCUCUCUGUGGCUGCCACAAGGAAGUGUUCAGAGUUGUGAGCAGUCAUGGGGGCCUUGUCUGAGCAUGUAUUCACCAACCAGACAGGUGAGAAUCAGGAGUAAUCUGACCAGAUUCUGGACAUCGGAUUGGAUCCAAUCUGCUCCCCCCGCCGCCCCUCAUGAGCAGCUAGGAAGUAAGCAACAUCUCAUCGAGUAGUGUCCCGGACAGCAGUUCCAGGUGUCCCGCCUCCUGCUGCACCUAAGCUCCGCCCUUGGCCCCGCCUCCGACGUGCUGCUGGAUCCCUAUCUGCUCUGCUGGGAGGAGCUCAUCAAGUUUAUGGAGGCCCUGGGCCCUCUGGUGGGCUUUUUCACUCAUAAAGUUGAGGAGAAGAUCACACUCAUCCGACAGCUUUCGCUGGAAGAAUCCGUCAGACUGAACGCAACAGCCGAUAAGCGUGUAGCCCCGCCCCCUCCGCACGCCUACCGCUCCGUGCGCUCUAUGCUGGAGGCGGAGCUUCAGAGGGGCGUGGUCUCCUUCGACACGCAAACGCCCUCCGACUGCGCUUUGAGCGUCACGCAAACGCCCGGCUCCGGCAGUCGGACUUUGCUCCGCCUCCACCGCUCGUUGCUAUGGCUACAGCUGCUGCUGGAGAAGCUGGGGACGGAGCGCGAGGGGCGGAGCCUGGGCGAGCUUUGCCGCGAUGCGUACCUGGAGGUUUUAGCGCCGCAUCACCCCUGGCUCGUGCAGCGCGCGGCAGAGCUGGUGUUUCGCGCGAUGCCCGACCGCAGCGCGUUCCUGCAGCUGGUGUGCGUGCGCACGCAGGAGGAGGCGGAGCCUGUCAUGCGCAUCGUCGUCGCAGCAAUCCGAGAAAUUCACCAACGGACUCAGAAAGAGCUGGAGAUCAGAAACAUGUUGGACCUGCCUUAACACACACAUACAAACACUCUGCUACACCAGAGAGCUUCUGAGGUUGUUUUCGAAAUGUGUAAUAUAGCCUAUCUCUCUAUUAACAUUCUAACGUAAGAGCAGCUAUUUGUAGCUUUAAAGUGCGAGACUUCCGGUGUCCUGACAUUCUAUCCUUUCUAUCCAUUCUAUCCUUUUCCUUCCAGUGUUUACUGCGCAUGCGCACUUCAAUAUUGCGUCAUUUUUCUAAUGCUGAACAACGAUAAUUACUGUUUUUGCAUUGGGUAGGUUUAAGGCUGUUAGGUGUAGAAAUUAUUAAAACACGAUCUAAUAGUUAGAAAAAUUUAUUUAUGGUUGGUUUCUGGCUGUAUCUGUAUCCUUUCUAGCCACAACCCUAAACAACACGUAAUUACUGUAUUUGCAUUACUGUAAAAUCGACAGAACACCACUCAUUUUACCUGUACAAAACAGCUCGU